AUGCCGGGCCUGGCUGAGUCUUUCGUUGGCUCCAUAGAUCAGGGAACAACAAGCACCCGGUUCCUAAUAUUCAACAGAGACGGUGAGCCUGUUGCGUCACAUCAAGUAGAAUUUGAACAAAUAUACCCGAACCCAGGAUGGCACGAACACAGCCCACUCGAACUCGUAUCAUCAGUUGAGACAUGCAUCGAAGAAGCAGUUAAGAAAUUUGAAGAACUCGGAUACGCUCGGCAAUUGAUCAACGCAAUUGGAAUCACAAAUCAGAGAGAAACAACGGUCUUAUGGGAUUCCGAGACUGGAGAGCCUCUACACAAUGCAGUCGUGUGGACGGAUACGCGAUCACAAGCUAUUGUGAGAGAUUUGAAAUCUAGAAAAGGCGCCGAAGAUCUACAACAAAUCUGUGGUUUGCCUCUAUCGACGUACCCAUCAUCAACAAAACUGCUAUGGAUGAUCCAGAACGUGCCCAAGAUUAAAGCCGCUUAUGAAAGAGGGCAUCUCGCAUUCGGUACUGUCGAUUCUUGGCUGGUAUAUCAAUUGAACGGCGGACCAGCAGCGAAUGUAUUUGUUUCUGAUCCAACAAAUGCAUCAAGGACGAUGUUCAUGAACCUAGCCACUCUUGAGUACGACGAUCGCCUUCUGGACUUUUUCGGGGUCAAAGGAAAGAUACACCUGCCUCGAAUUGUGCCUUCAUCGGACAGGAAAGCGUAUGGGACUAUCUCUUCUGGUGUUCUUCAAGGAGUGCCAAUCAUGGGAUGCCUAGGUGAUCAAUCCUCGGCGCUCGUGGGUCAAAAAGGUUUCUACCCCGGUUUGGCAAAGAACACAUAUGGAACAGGGUGCUUUCUCUUGUAUAAUGUCGGAGACAAGCCUGUCAUAUCUAAACACGGCUUACUGGCAACUGUGGCAUUCCAAUUUGAUGGCAAACCCGUCUAUGCUUUGGAAGGUAGCAUUGCCGUUGGGGGCUCAGGGAUCAGGUUCUUACAGAAUAAUCUCAGUCUUUUCAAAGAGUCGAAGGAAGUCAACGAACUUGCAUCAACUGUGGAAGACAAUGGAGGCUGCAUCUUUGUGACGGCUUUUAGUGGACUUUUUGCCCCGUAUUGGAUAGACGAUGCUAAGGGGACAAUCUUUGGAAUCACACAAUACACGCAAAAGGGUCAUUUAGCGAGAGCAACAUUAGAAGCAACUUGCUACCAAACUAAAGCAAUAUUGGAUGCUAUGGAGAAAGAUAGUGGACAUGCGCUCUCAGAACUGGCUGUCGACGGAGGCAUGAGUAAUUCGGAUCUCGCGAUGCAGAUUCAAGCAGAUCUCUCAUCAAUUCCAGUCUACCGGCCGAAGAUGCGGGAAACUACUGCUCUUGGAGCCGCCAUUGCUGCCGGUCUGGCCCUAGGCCUUUGGCGCAACUUUACCGAAUUGCGAGACAUCAAUCGAGCUGGCGGUGCAGUCUUUGAGCCUAGCGUGACCCCUGAGAAAAGCGCCGAGAUGUUCAGCACCUGGGAAAAAGCUGUUCAGAUGUCCAAAGGAUGGGUGAAAAAGGAUCAUGAGACCGCAAAUGGAGUACACAAUACUCGCAAGCCAUCAUUUGUUGCUAAUGACAAAACAAAGGAGUCAGCCUUCAUCACAACCUCCGUCUUCAAUGAUUUGAAUGGGGCGGAUGAAGAAGAUUUGCUUCUAGAGCUACGCAAGAUUGAGAUUCAACAGCGUUUGAAGAUUUUGAGAAAGGGACUGAAGCCAUGA